AUGACUGGUGAGGAGGUGGACUUCGCCGUUAAAGAGCAAUUAACUCGAGCAACAGCCACUGCCAAAUUGUCGUGUUUGGCACUACCGGCACUACCAGCAAAGCCAAGAGCCUGUCCCUGCUUGAAGUCACUGGAAAGUCGGCUUCUCUGUGUGGCAGCUUUGUCUCCCCCUCAGUUAAGGGAACAGCCGGGAUGUUCUGACAGGCGCACGGAUACGCGGGGCCGGGCUGACACGUGUGGGCAGCAGCGCAUGCAGCCACCGCUGCCCUCGAGGCUCUUUGUGGUGUUUGGUGUCUGCAUGGGCGCAAUGCCACUCUACGUGACUUUGACUACAAACUGCUGUUCCGGAGACGGGGACUGGGCUUGUUUCCUUGGCGAAGCCAUUUUGUGUCUCAUUUUUGAGAAUUACGAGAACAGCGGCGCUUGGAUGUUGCGUGAGAAGAUCCCGUGCAGCCGUGUUGCUGCGGCGGGGAGCGGCGCGGCGCUGCACAGAAACGCAUUAUUCUUCUGUCUUUACACAGUGAAUCUCUUCCUAACUGGGAAAAUAGAAAGUGCUGUCACCUCAUUAGCUGCUUGCAGUGGAGAACUGGAACAGCACACAGAGAGAAGGGGAGUCAUCUACAGCCCUUCCUGGCCACUAAACUAUCCCCCAGCUGUAAACUGCAGCUGGUACAUUCAAGGAGAUCGUGGAGACAUGAUAACAAUUAGUUUUAAGAACUUUGACUUGGAAGACUCUCAGAAAUGCACAGUAGACUGGUUGAUGAUUGGCCCUUCUUCCAAGAGGGAGGAAUACAAAGUGUGUGGAUCUUCCAUACCUCCAUCUUUCAUUUCCUCAAGGGAUCACGUUUGGAUAUUUUUUCACUCCGAUGCAUCAAGCUCAGGACAGGCUCAGGGAUUUCGCCUUUCUUAUAUUAGAGGAAAAAUAGGUCAGGCUGUUUGUCAGUCAGACGAAUUCCGCUGUGCAAAUGGAAAGUGUAUUCCCAGCACUUGGAAGUGUAAUUCCAUGGAUGAGUGUGGGGAUAACUCAGAUGAGAGAAACUGCACUGUCCCUCCAACAGAGCCUCAAUCCAGCAUCUGUCCCUCAGGAACAUUCCAGUGUAGCGUAGUCCAUUCCACCAAGUGCUUGACAAACGAGCUGAGAUGUAAUUCAGUAAAAGACUGCAGUGAUGGGUCAGACGAGGAUAAUUGUCCUGAUCUUUCAUGUGGUAAAAGGCUGGGUAAUUUUUAUGGGUCUUUUGCUUCCCCAGAUUUAUUCCGUGCUGAUCACAGCAGAUCAGAUCUUCGCUGCACAUGGUACGUGGACACACAGGAUAAUCGACACGUUCUGUUGCAGCUUGAUUUACAGUUGGGCUACAAUGACUAUGUAAAGGUGUAUGAUGGCAUUGGGGAAAGAGGUGAUAAAUUAAUGCAAACGUUUUCAUAUCACAACAACAGGCACUCGGUGAGUGUGGAGUCUUCAAAGGGCCAACUCACUGUCUCGUAUCAUGCCCGUCCCAAGAGUAUUGGCCAUGGGUUCAAUGCAACAUAUCAGGUGAAAGGAUAUUGCCUUCCUUGGGAACACCCUUGCGGAAGUGACGAGGAGUGUUUCACAGACAAGCAGCAUUGCGAUGGCUGGUGGCACUGUCCAAAUGGCAAGGACGAGGAGAACUGUCCCGCUUGCCAGAAGAAUGAGUACCCAUGUGAAGGAAACAGUGGGCUUUGCUACUCAAUACUUGACCGAUGUAAUAACCAGAAGAACUGCCCGGAUGGCUCGGAUGAAAAGAACUGCUUUACUUGCCAGCCAGGAAACUUCCAUUGUGGUACAAAUCUGUGCAUCUUUGAGACUUGGCGUUGUGAUGGCCAAGAAGACUGCCAGGAUGGAAGCGAUGAACAUAACUGCCUGGUGAUCGUGCCCAGGAAGGUCAUCACAGCCGCUCUCAUCGGGAGUCUCGUGUGUGGCUUGCUGCUGGUGAUAGCACUGGGCUGUGCAUUUAAGUUAUAUUCUCUAAGGACCAGGGAAUACAGAGCAUUUGAGACCCAGAUGACACGACUAGAGGCAGAGUUUGUGCGGCGGGAAGCUCCACCUUCCUAUGGGCAGCUGAUCGCACAAGGACUUAUCCCACCAGUUGAGGACUUCCCUGUGUACAACGCGUCGCAAGCUUCUGUGCUGCAGAAUAUUCGCACAGCCAUGAGGAGGCAGAUGAGGCGUCACUCGUCGAGACGGAGCUCCUCUCGGAGGCGCUUGGGCAGGCUCUGGAGCAGACUCUUCCACAGGCCGCGGGCGCGAGGACAGAUCCCACUCCUGACUCCGGCCCGCGCUUCCCAGACGACGCUGGGUGACGGGAUCAUCAACCAUGCCGAGGGGACCAUCAGCCGUGCUGACGGGGCCGUUCGGAGCCCUCCACCUUCCCCCGAAAGACCUAAUUUAGAGGCAGAUGCUCUUGGCCAGGCCAGGGACCUCCAAGAAGCUGAAUGUAGCAGCUUGCAGACAGAGACUGAAACUGCAGAACUGUCUCCCUCCGAUGUCUUAUCUAGUACUUGCACAGCUGCAUAUGCAGAGCCUGAGACUGGACACACUGAUAAAUCUUUAGGUGCUGAGAGCUCUACUAGUGAGCUUAAACAGCCCAGCAAAGUGGAUUCAGGAAAGGCUUUCAGAGAUCCUUUGUCUGAAAGUGUUACAGAAACGACCCAUGGAGGGUCAGCAUCCAGAAGGACUGUCACAGAGGGCAGUAGUUCGAGUAGAAGUCAUCCAUUGAGUGAAGAGCCGUGUAGGUUACCCUUAAAAGCGUGGGGGUCUGCUUAUUCAGACAGCCCUGUGAAUGUUCAUAUUCCAGUGGAUGGACAAAACCGAUGCUGCCCUAACGCAUAUCGGGAGGAGCCUUUGGGUAUUCGUGCGGCUGGUUGCCAUUCUGUAGAAGUGCCAAUGUUAGAGUCCUCUACUCCCCUCUCAGAAAUCAGUACCAGUGAUGAUGAAUCUUUACUUGUUUGCUAAUAAAAUUUUGUUCCAGCCCUGUAGAUUUUGUAACUUCAUUGUUUAUAUGACAGUGCACUUUGAUUAUUGGUGGUAAGUCUGUGCUCUCGACUUCGUCUGUUGAAACCAGUGUGCUUUAAUUCCCCAGGGAGUAUAAGACUUAAACAGGACAAGCUUUUGUCUUUGUUGCUAUUCCUGAAACUCCAGUGGGGCAGAAAUAGGCCAGUACGUGAUAUCAGGGGCUAGGAGAGCAAGAAUGUGUUAUUGCAGUUUGGAGGUGUCUCCAUCCUCUGUUACUACUUCUGUGCAUUUAUUCACCUUGCAUUCAGGGAAUUUGUGUUUCUUUGCUUUUCAAAGUGGUCUUACUGAAAGCGGAGCUCUGUUGGAACCUGGGGUAGGCAGCAGU